AUGGCUGUUGCCAACGUUGGUUGUACAAUACGUAUUAGUUAUAUCUACAAUGCAACAUACGUUUCCACUAAUAUUACUGCUGUCAUAGCGUACAAUAAUUCAUGCUCUGAAUGUAUUUGCUAUGGAUUUUUAUCAACUGUACCUUCAUUGUAUGCAGGAAUGAACUGCUAUACAAAUAAUAAAACGUGUGCAUUAUUUGCUAGUUAUUUAUCAUUAUCGGCAAUCAAGAUUGAUCUUAAUUCAAUAUUUAUAUUUAUACAACAACCUUUAUCACAAAAUACAACAACGGCUGCAUCAACAAUAUCACCAUCAGCAACGUCAUCACCAACACUAACAACGGGCACAUCAACAACGUCACCAACAACAACAUCGACAACUGCAUCAACAAUGCCAUCACCAACAACGGUUAUAUCAACAACGGCUAUAUCAACAACGUCACUACUAACAACAUCAACGACUGUAUCAACAACCACUGCUCCAUGCAUCAAUAGAUUUCCGACACAAGUGACGUAUUCGACUGGUAAUGGCUCUGGACCGUAUCCUGUUACAGUAGGCGAUGUCAGUGGAGACGGCAAGCCGGAUAUUAUUGUCACAAAUUACAAAAUAGGCACAGUCGGUGUCCUUCUUAACGCAGGCAAUGGCACGUUUUUGGCACAAGUGGCCUAUCCGACUGGUACUACUUAUGACACAUGGUCAGUGUCACUAGCUGAUAUGAAUGGGGACAGCAAACUGGACAUUGUUGUUGGAAACGCCGCUUCAAACAAUAUCGGUAUUCUUCUUAACACAGGUAAUGGUACGUUUGGUGCUCAAGUUACCUAUUCAACCGGCAGUGGCUCUCAUCCGUAUUCAGUGGUAGCAGUUGAUGUCAAUGGAGAUAGUAAACCGGAUAUUAUUGCCGCAAACUACUAUUUAGGCAAUAUCGGUGUUUUUCUCAAUACAGGUAAUGGCACGUUUGGUGCUCCAGUAACCUAUUCAGUUGGUAGUAGUCCAUUUUCUAUUACAACAGCCGAUGUCAAUGGAGAUGGCAAACCCGAUAUUAUUGUCGCAAAUACCGGUUCAGACAACGUCGGUGUCCUCUUCAACAUAGGUAAUGCUACAUUUGGUGCUCAAGUCACCUAUUCAACCGGCAAUGGUUCUGAACCAUAUUCAGUGGUAGCAAUUGAUGUCAAUGGAGACAACAAGCCUGAUAUUAUUACCGCAAACUACAAUGCAUUCAACGUCGGUGUCUUCCUCAAUACAGGCAAUGGUACGUUUGUUGCUCAAGUCACCUAUUCAACUGGUGCUAGCUCUUACCCAUAUUACGUGUCAGCUGGGGAUGUUAAUGGUGACAGCUAUGCUGAUAUUGUUGUUGCAAAUUAUUGGGCAGAUAACGUCGGUAUUCUCCUCAACAUGGGUAAUGGUACGUUUACUGUUCAAGUGGCUUAUUCAACCGGCUCUUGGUCGGAACCUUACUCUGUGAGAGUUGCCGAUGUCAAUGCGGACGGCACACUCGAUAUCAUUGCCGGCAACUAUUAUGCAGACAAUAUCGGUGUUUUCUUAUCAAAUUGUGGCUGA